UUUUUUUUUUCUGUUCAUAAAUGUCUUCUGUUUCAAAUAACUCUAAAUCUUUUCUUGCGUGGUAUCUUUCUAAUCUCGCCGUUUCCCCCCUUCGCACAAAAGCAUGCACUUCUGGUAUUUUGUCUGGUCUCCAAGAAUUGACAGCACAAAAAUUAUCUGGUGCGAAAAAUUUUGAUAAACGAAUUAUCCAAAUGGCUGCCUAUGGUUUAUUCGUAUCUGGACCUCUUAAUCACUUUUUGUAUGAAAUAAUGAACAAGGUGUUUGCGGGUAAAACAGGUUCAAGUGUGAAGAUUGGUCAAUUACUCUUUUCAAAUUUAAUUAUUUCACCCAUCAUGAACUCUGUCUAUUUGACUGCUAUGGCUAUUAUGGCUGGCGUACGCUCGCCUGCACAGUUAAAAGCUAACAUCAAGAAGGGUCUUUUACCUAUGCAAAAGGUUUCUUGGAUUAUUUCUCCUUUAAGUAUGACCUUUGCUCAAAAAUUCUUGGCUCCUACCACCUGGGUUCCAUUUUUCAACUUGCUUGCUUUCGUUUUCGGUACUUACAUGAACACAAUGAUCAAACGUAGACGUAUUAAGGAAGCCAAGGAGGCUGCUAAGAAGUAAUGAUUGAAACUGUCGAAAAUAAAUCUUUGCUUGGUUAUCACUGUUGAACAGUUUUAAUCAAAAAUACUUUUAAACAUUA